AUGUCUGGGCUUGACGAGGCUCCCCUGAAGAUCCAAGAACAAGAGGUCAACGAAAUCACCAAUGACACUACGCAUGAUGGAAACAACAGGGACGCGAUGGCAAAUGAUGUUUCUUCCUCCAAGUUUCCCAAUCGGUCCCAACAUGUGAUGGAUCUUUGUGACAAUGAAGAAGAGAUUGAGGAUCCCGAUGCAGUCAACUUUAUAAACUCGAACGCAGCAUUUCGCGGUCCAAUGGACCACCCGUCCUCACGAGGGUGGUCCGAGUCGUCUUCUUCCAAGGCGCCUCGAAGACGUCGCUCUAGCUGGCUGGGGAGCGUGGAUGUAGAGGGCUUCUUUCGUCGAUGGGUCGAAGAGCCCCUUGGAUUGAGUUCAGCUGCCGAGGAACCACUGCCGGACACUCAGAUCCCUGGGGCGAGCGAGAGUCAUAGGAAGCCAGGCAGCACCUUAACCAAUCCCAAGGGGAGUAGCUCCCAUUCAGAGGCUCCGGGAUCCUCCAAACUGCCCAGCAGAUCUGUCACCUGGGAGUUCGCGACGCGCAGGCUCAGACCGCGUAAGGAUGGCUCAGGCUCUCCCCUCCCGGGCACAAUUUCCAACGGGGCUAUCACAAGUGAUGCUUCUGGGGAUAAAGACGGUACAACCGCAGCAGAUGGGUCACCGCGAUUGGGAGAAAAUACCGGGACGCCACCACGCUCCACCACCGCCCGGCUCGCCUCACGUCGUUGGGCCUUGAUCAAAAAUCGCUUCAUCCCGGGCCAGUCCAAUGCUGCUAGUAGCAUAAACAUAUCGGACGAGUUGCUCGCGGGUGGGCUCGCAACGCUUAUAUUGAGGAUGCACUUUGAGAGAGACGAGCAUGACCACAGAAGAAUACCUGUUCUAUUGCACCAUCUGAAAAUUCGAGUAAGCGACAGUGUACACCCCAUUUCAGGGACACAUACUGUCUUUCGCAUUGAGUGUCAGUACGCAAAUGGGGCUGCCAGAUGGGUGAUAUAUCGUGGGCUGCGUGACUUUGUUACUCUUCACACCCACUACCGUGUGGCGAAAGUGUAUGGCCGUGCCGGCGUUGGCCUUCCGGAAUUUCCUUUGACAAGCUUGCCAUAUUUCAAAUUCCUCAAAUCCCAAAAUCCCAACGCCUCUCAUGCCGAACGCCGAGCUUCAUUUGCCCGUCUUCAGCGCAUGCAUCUUGAGAACUAUCUUCUCGCACUGAUCAAAGCUGUCAUGUUUCGCCCCGAAGCAAAUCGGCUCGCUCGUUUCUUCGAGAUAUCCGCUCUUAACAUUGCUCUUGCAAAUUCAGGUGGCGUCCAGGGCAAAGCGGGUCUGUUAAGGGUGACCAGCGGCGAAACGAGCCGCAGAAGUGCAAAUCGCAGAUUUUCCUGGAUCGGAUCAGGCGAAGCGGCCAAGCCGAGAUGGUGGAAUGUCAGGGAGAGCUAUCUGGUAGUUGUUGAGGACCCAGGAGAGACUACGAUAUGGGACGUUUUCUUCCUGGAUUCUCAAUUCUCAAUUGAGCGUCCAAAGCGGUAUUACCGCGUGUUCGAUCCUCGCACGCACGACGAAGAUGAUUAUGUCUCCCACAGCAGUUCGGAAGAUGAGGAGAUGGCGGCUCAUGCUAGGGAACAGCUUCCCGACCCCAACUCGAUGGCCAUUUCACCAAGUUCUUCUGGCGUGACUUUCAAACGCAUCUCAAAGUUCUUGCGUAUAUCAAAGGAAGACAAGGGGAAAAGUUCUUCUGAAUGGCGCAUUGCAAAAAAGCGAACCCCCCAGGCCUCCGAAGUCCCGCCGAAUGGCGCGGCUGAACAGCCCAUGAGGCUGCGGCAAAAGGGGCACAAGUCACAAGCGGAAGACGCAUCCCCGGCGAUGGCCGAUCUACAUAGGUCAGCGUCACAUGUGUUUGUUUACACCCGAUACAUGCUGAGUCGACAACUUCAUCAGUGGAUAACGUCCUUGGAGCGCAUGGCCGAAAAAACACAUUGGACGAAAACUAACCGGUUCGACAGUUUUGCACCGAUACGGCUGAAUGUGGCUGCACAGUGGUUGGUCGAUGGAAGGGACUAUUUUUGGAAUGUCAGCCGCGCGAUAAAUCUUGCGAAGGAGAAGAUUUAUAUACACGAUUGGUGGCUUUCACCUGAACUGCAAUUACGUCGACCGAAUAAACACCACUAUCGUAUCGACCGUCUGCUGAAACGGAAGGCCGAGCAGGGUGUAAAAAUUUUUGUCAUCAUCUACAAGGAGUUCUCGAGCAGGACGACGCCAACAGAUAGCAACUACACAAAGCAACGUCUUCAAAGCCUUCACCCAAAUAUAAUGGUUCAGCGCUCGCCCUCUCACUUUGCCACCGGCACAUUUUACUGGGCGCAUCAUGAGAAACUUUGUAUCAUUGAUGAAGCGAUCGCCUUCACAGGCGGACUUGAUAUGUGUUUCGGGAGGUGGGAUACUCCUCAACAUGCCCUCGUUGACGAUCCACAGGAUAUGAGCCAAAGGAUUUGGCCAGGUAUGUUCUUCGAAUUCCGUAAGAAGGAGAAAUCAGUCACACCAUGGGCAGGGAAGGAUUAUGCUAAUGAGCGAGUUGUCGAGUUUCAUACUUUAACGAAGCCAUACGACGAUAUGUUUGACCGUUCAAAGGUGCCUCGAAUGCCCUGGCAUGAUGUCGGUGUCCAAAUCCUCGGUCCUCCUGCUCGAGAUUUAUGCCGACACUUCGUUCAAAGAUGGAACCACCUCCUCCGCAUCAAAGCUCAUACUCGCUUGAUGCCAUUUUUGCUCCCACCGGCAGAGUUCAGGCCUCAGGCGUUGGAUGACCUUGGUCUGACUGGAACUUGUGAGGUUCAGAUUUGCCGGUCCGCCGGCAAUUGGUCAAUGGGGUUCCAACAUCAUGUGGAGCAUUCUAUUCAAAAUGCCUAUCUCAAGGCUAUCCAAAUGUCAGAACAUUUCGUUUACAUUGAAAAUCAGUUUUUCAUCACCAGCACCGUUGUCAACGAUGUGAAAGUCGAAAACCAGAUUGGAGAUGCCCUGGUCAGUCGCAUAAUCAAAGCCCAUCAAGAGCGAACUCCAUGGAGGGCUUGUAUCCUUAUCCCCCUUCUACCGGGUUUUGCUUUCCCAAUUGACCACAGCGAUGCUAGUGCGGUCCGCCUGAUUCUUGAGUGCCAAAAUCGGACAAUUUCGCGAGGUCCCGAUUCAAUCUUCGCAAGGCUACGCAAAGAAGGUAUUGAUCCAAAUGAUUACAUUACGUUCUUUUCGUUGAGGACGUGGGGGAAAUUGCGGGGGGAGAUUCUCACUACAGAACAGAUGAUGAUUGUGGAUGAUCGAUUGGCCAUCAUCGGGUCCGCAAAUAUCAAUGAGCGCUCUCAAAGGGGUGACCGUGAUUCGGAGCUUGUUGCUGUAAUUCGCGAUACCGAUAUGAUAGACUCAAUGAUGGGUGGGAGGCCGUUUACAGUUGGCCGAUUCGCACACACAUUGCGCAUUCGACUCAUGCGUGAACAUGUUGGUGUGGAUGUGGAUGCUCUGUACGGCGAGGAUCCAAUGGCGAACAGUCCUUCACAUCCGCCCGAGGAAGUCCCAGGAGCUCGUCAAAACCGUCUUGGAGUUAGGUCAAAGGAAGACCUCCUUAGAGAAGGUGAGAGUCCAGGAAGCAAGGUUGAGAACCACCAUUCAACUCAUCGAAAUGGAAGGAAUGAUGAGAAUUUUCCAGAUUCCGGAUCCCUGCCGACGGAGGAGCAGGUAGUGACGGAAAAUCGGCUGCUUGCUGAUGAAUCACAACAAGCUGCUAGGCAAGAAGUAGGAGAUUCCCCUGAAGAUGUCAUGGAGAACGGUCAGGUUGAAAUCGAGCAGGUCCGCGCCCAAGCCAACGGCAUCCCAGCGGAAGCGGAGACAUUGGAUACAGAUCAGCCCCCUCGUGCCCAUGACAUCCAUGCAGAUUCGGACCCACACCAAGGAGAGACGAUUUCUGUGCGAAAGCCCCCGACCAUUCGAGUAGGCAGAAGUCCCUGGACUUUGCCAAAUUCCAAACCGAAAAUCGACCCCCAUGGCUUCAAAGAUCCUUUGAUUGACUCGUUUUAUAAAGACGUCUGGAUAGCUACCGCAGCCCAUAAUACGGAGAUAUUCCGCAAAGUUUUCCAUUGCACACCAGACGACUCAGUGACGACGUGGAAACAAUACAAGGACUUCCAUCAGCACCACGAUCGAAUAACCAAACCAGUUAUGAAAGAUUCCGCUUCUAUUCCAGCUCGCUCAGAAGCCCCUAGCCGUCCAGAAGAUGAAAAGCACAAACACCUGGAAGCUCCUUCAGCUGAGAGACCAAUAUCACCUCUAGCCAUGGAUUCUGAUGCCAAAGAGGAUCCGUCGCAACUGGCUCAAUCACGACCUAUACGGCCCAGCUUGAGUUCUCGAAGCGCCACUCCGGCCGACGAUGACCCACACACACCUUCAUCAGAGUCAAGAGGGAGGAAGGGAAGAGACCGCGCAAUCAGUAGCAACAGCGGCCCACCUGAUGGAAGUGUUAAGCCUAGGCGUCCCACGCAUCUCGGUGAACCUUUGGAGGCAUGGGAGCGGGAUGAAAUGGAAGCGCUGCUGAAGGAAACACGCGGCCACUUAGUAAUAUACCCAACGAGGUUUUUGGAGGGGGAAGAUGUCUCGGACAACUUCCUAUUUAAUGCCGAUCGGCUACUUCCUCUUCCCAUAUAUAAUUAG